ACAGGAGGUGGCAUCUGAAUGGACAGUGGGACUUUCCCACUGAAUAACUCAGUGGGAAAGUAGUUUGCUGUCCUUUAGGCUUUUUCUUUCUUUUUUUCUUGCCUUUUCUUUUUUCAGGUUUUUUGCAUAGACUAGUUUCUCUUCCUAGAGUGCUCAACUCACUGGUACCCACAUGGAAAACUCUCAUCUCCUUUAAGUCUGCUAAAAUGCCACCGUUGCUACCCGCCCAUGCUUUUUAAAACUGCAGACUACCCUGCACUCAUCCACUCUAGAUCCCUACUUGUUUCUUCUAUCUACUCAUCACCUCCAAACUAUGUACUGUACUACAUGAGAUCAUUUACUUUUUUAAUUAAGUUAUUUAUUGUCUGUCUCCUCUCGCCCACAAGAGAAUAGGAGGUGUUGGUCUGUUUUGUUCACUCGCGUUCCCUAAUUUUUCCAAGCAUCUACAACAGAGCUAUGUAAGAAUGCAUUUCUAUCCAUGGCCUCUACACCACAGGUCUAUCCAACUAUUACCAGUUACGGUGAAGCAGUUACAUUUAGGUUAUUGUCACCUCAGAAAAAGUCACUAUGCUAAUAUUGUGGACAGUUCAGAUCACGAUCUCUGAAUUCCUUAUUUCAGAAUUUAAUGUCUGUCAAGACUGUCACCAAUCCCUACAAUUGCCACCAGUAACUGAGAUUUCCUUUUCAAUUUGGAGCAGAUGUUGGUAAUAAGGGGUCACUGAUGAACUAUGCUCAUUCAGGAAACAAACUUUAUUGAAAGGACAGAGCCUUAGUGGGGGGAAAUGAUAAUGAAGAAAAAUAAAGGGUCACCUCACCAUGAAUUACCACCACCACACUAUCAAAAUAAUAAUAGUAAGGAGGAAGAGGAGGAGAAGAAAGGAAAAGACAGCGGGGGAGAGAAGUUUGUUUUUGUUUUUGUUUUAAGGAAGAAAAGAAAAGAAAGGGGAAGGAGGCAAACUAUUGUCUUGCUCCUAGGAUUGAUGUGAGGAUGAAAUGAAAUAACGCACAUAAAGUUCUUAGUAAGAGACCCAGCACCUACAAACAUACAGGACAAGCACAAAAGGGAGACCUCGGUGUUUGUCCAUCCACACUGCGGGGCCCCGAGCCGGGGCUCCUAUAAAUGAGUGACGCUGCCUCUCCCCACAGCUGUCCAGUCAGCCACCGGUUGCUCUGGGGAUUGCGGGACAACGGGGCCUCUCUGGAGGUGACAUUGGCCUUCAAACUGUUCCGCUUGAACAGCGAUAUGCUCUACCUGCAUGGCCGAGUGACCCUGUGUGACAAGCAGGCGGGACGCCCAUGCCAGCCGACCUGUAGUCUGAAGAAUCCGCCUGCGAAGAAUGGAGCCUGGGCACGCAGGCGCUCGGAGAGCGGCGUGGGCCGGAUGGUGUUCGGGCCCAUCCGAAUAAGCGCGUCCAGUGCUUCCAGCAGCAGGAGUUCGGCAGGAGCCUGGAUGGCUAUUUUUCUUCUGAUGGUGAUGGGGUGGAUACAAGGAUAAAAUCCUGCCCGGGAUAUAUGCUCCAACACUAGCCCUUGGCCUUUAGCUUAGUUGCUUGAAGGAAAGGUGAGGUGGAAGAAGAUUUAGGGAGAGAAAAUUACUGUUUGGUAAGGAAUGUGGCUACUGAGCCUCAAGCCAUGUUUCUUCACCCAAUUUUCCCCUUCCCAUCUCUGAUACUUUUCAAGGGCAAGAUUGAGCCUCUCCAUUUGGCAGGGGGCAGAGCAGAACGUAUGCCCAAUAAACAGCAGGGAAUUAUA